AUGCAGUGUGGAUUAUUACAAUGCAUUUCGAACAAAAAAGGUUUCGGACUAUUGGAAAGCGGAAGUGUUUCUGCCAAAGAUGAAGUGAAUAUAAUGGUGAAAAAUGUCGUUGACGUGGUUUUUGGUGGGCUUUCGUAUUGGGCGAUUGGAUAUGGACUCAGUUACGGGGAUGCGGAAUCGUUACGAAAUCCUUUCAUCGGUUUCGGUCGAUUCUUCUACGAUCCAACACGAAACAACGAACAAACGCACAGAGAAGGUUGGGCAUAUGCAUCAUUUCUGUUUCAACUUAGCUUCGCGACUACCGCUUCAACAAUUGUAUCAGGCGCUGUAGCUGAACGUGCAAAGUUGAAAUCAUACAUAUUGUUGGGUUGUCUUGUGAUAUUAGUUCAAGCAUUACCUGCGCACUGGAUUUGGGACCGUGACGGCUUUUUCUUUUCACUUGGCGUUGUUGAUUUUGCUGGGUGUUGUGCUGUUCAUAUGGUUGGUGGUGUAAUAGGCUUAAUAGCGACAAUCUAUUUGAAACCUCGCAGAAAUCGUUUCAAUGUAGACUCAAUUCAUCAAAUGAGUUCGCCAACAAAUGCAUUACUUGGCACAUUUAUGUUAUGGUGGGGAUGGUUCGGCAUAAACGCUGGUUCUGUUUGGGGUAUUACGGAUGGUCGAUGGCGGCUUGGUGCCAGGGCAGCCGUAGCAACAAUAAUGAGUUCAAUUGGGGGUGGUUCAACGUCGAUUGUUGUGAGCUUUAUAAAAACGCGUAAACUUCAAGUGAAUUAUUUAAUUGACGGGUUAUUAUCUUCGAUAGUUUCGAUUACAGCAAUGUGUGCAGUAGCACGACCUUGGCACGCACUAAUAAUUGGUUCAGUGAGUUCGGCCAUAUCCAUCUCCAUUCUGCCGAUCUUAGAAAGACUGAAAAUUGAUGAUCCGGUUGGGAUUGUACCCAUCCAUUUGACGUCGUCCAUAUGGGGCAUGUUUGCGGUCGGCAUAUUCGCUGAGGACGAUCAGUACAUUCGGGCUACAUACGGUCAAUAUGGACUGAUUUAUUCGGGAAGUUUUCGACUGUUGGGCAUUCAAAUGUUGUGUUCGCUAACAGUCAUUGUCUAUAGUGCUGUUUUUGGAUUAGUCCUCUUAGUGGGUCUAGAUAAAAGUCCACUUGGAUUGCGUGUCACGGAUUAUGAAGAGCAAAUAGGCGCCGAUGUAAUUGAACAUGGAUUGGCUGGUACGAACGUGGCACGUUAUCAUAUUGAGAAGCCAUUAAGUUCAAAAACGUUUGCGACUGUCACGAAAGCUAUAACCAAAUGGAAGUUGCAAACAAAAUCACAUAGUCGUGCGAUGCGUCAACAAAAACUGCAACAACGUAUCGAAGCACGUAAGGCUGAACGACAUCGUAUUAAUACCACUAUUGUUGAUACUCAAACUGCAAAUCAAACAACCCAAGUUUCAAACAACAACAGAUGGAGUCAUUUCAAUAAUCCUCCUAAAACACCAUCACAGCUUUCAUCGUCGAAAAACGGACAGAGUGAUACGGCGGCACUCGCAUUAACUGAACUUCGCACAAUAGCGAUCGCAGAAGCAGCUGAUGGGAGUGCAAAGCAUGAGGAUGCGAUUGCUUUGCAGCAAUGCGAUAAUGGUCAGCAGCAGCAGCAAUCAGUUGUGAGCAAUUCAACGAAUUCAGCAAAAUUGCCAUCUACCUCAACAAAUCCUCGCAAAUCUUCAUCGGAUCGAUGUGUCUAUCGACUUGAAAGGACGUCUGAAGGAGUUGAUGCGUGUUGCCAGCAGGAUGGCGUCCCUCCUUACUUUAUGGGUCAACUUUUGGCCAUUCCCAUACAAUCAAACAAUGCUACAGUUAUUAUUAAAGUCUACAAAUGUGCGUAUGUGCAUGCAUCAUACAUCAAAAUCUUAAAUAUUAAUAUUACAUUGUGA